AUGGAAACAGAAAAUAAUGAAUCUUCAAUAUCUACUCUGAUGAUAUCUGAACAAACAAAUUUAUUCUUUGAUGAUGAGAAUUCAACAAAUGAAUUCUCUCCAAUAUCUUUUGAAAUGCAAAUUUAUAAAUCCAUACCACAAAUUCAUAAGCAUUCUCUUUCUAAUCCUCUUUAUCAAAAAGAAAAUCCACUUGUAUGGUGGAAUAAUAAUAUAAAAACUUUUCCACAUCAUAUUAAACAAGCACGAAAAUAUCUUUCUAUUCCUGCUACAUCUGUUCCUUCUGAAAGACUUUUUUCAGAUGCAGGAAACAUAAUAACUGAAAAACGAAAUCGUCUUUCUUCUGAUAUUGUUCAUGAUAUUUUGUUUUUAAAACAUAAUAGUAAGCUUUUCAAUGUUUAUCCAGGACUUGAAUUAUAA